AUGUCAAACCAAAUCUGCAACACGGCAGACGACGAUACACUUGCUAUCACCAGGGAAUUGCCGAUGAUUGGUAAAUUCACCUUUCAUGACAUCAUUCUCAUUACCGAGCUCGUCUGUGUUGUCAUCACAUUUGUUUUGAGCUUCUAUCAAAUCUUACGCCAUGCACUCGCUUAUACACGGCCAACAGAACAGAAAUAUAUUUUGCGCAUCCUCUUCAUGGUUCCCCUAUACAGCUUUGCGAAUCUAUUGUCUACUGAAUUCUUGCCUUACGCAACGUAUUUUCUGAUUCUUUCAUCAUCAUACGCCGCUAUCGCUGUUGCGUCAUACUUCUCGCUGCUUUGCCAUUAUCUCGCACCUGAUGGAAACUCUACAUCGUUGUUCUCUAACAUUACGCCACGACCAUGGCAAAAUUGUUUCCCACUGCCUUUAAGAUGGAUGAGAGAUCAUCUCGGAGGACAAACUUACUUCUUAGCAACUCCGAAUUGUGGUUUAAAGUGGUUUAAGUCUCUCACUCUGAAUGCGCUGUCAGCCACCAUCGCCAUGUAUUGUUUAGAUCAAUUCACGUGGCAAAUGAAACAAAAGCUGAGUGUUCAUAAACCCACUCUGAAGCUAUGUUUAUUCUGGCACUCAUCACUACUGCUUGGAUCCCUUCAAAGACCGCAGUCCGAUUUGAGAGUUGGGAUCCCAUCACUGAUGCUUUGCUGCGAAUUGCUCUUCACCUCGAUGCUGCAUAUGCACGCCUUCUCCUGGAAAGAAUACGAUGAACAGUCAGUCAAAGGAAAGCAUCAAGGUGGACUUCUAGGCGGUCGUGCGGUUCUGGAAGCAUUGAACAUGAUUGACAUUGUCCGCGCCUGUGGUGCUGCCAUGGAGUGGCUUUUAAAAAAGAAGAAAACAGAUUGGGCACCAGAGAGGAACGAAGAUGAUAUGAGCUUGAGUACUGCUCCCUUGUCCGAGGAAAAGUAUUAA